AUGAAGAUCAUCAAAGUUCCGGAGAAGGAACAAUGCAUGAAGCAUUCAAGUGAUGUUUCAAAAGGUGCCAACAUAGAAGCUACAACAUAUGAGUUUAUUUGUGGUCUGUGUCAGGUGGAAAAUGAAAACUUGGAGCACCUUUUCUUCUCUUGCUCCUAUUCUCAGGAGAUUUGGAAGCAGGUUCUGCUUUCUUUAGGUGUGAAUAGAACUGUGUUGCCUUGGCAUGAGGAAGUUCAGAUUGCAGAGAAGAAAAGCAGAAGCACACAGAAGCAAGCUUGCAAGUAUAGUAUAGCUUUCAUUGAGUCUGUUUAUUGUAUUUGGUUGCAAAGAAAUGCUAAGGUCUUUAGGGAUCAUGUUGAUCCAGUUAAGACUGUUGUUAGCAACAUUAUGUUUAAUGUUGAGUGUAGAUGUAAAGGCUUUCUUUGGAAAAAUGUGUUUGUUGAUUUUGAUUCUUCCGAAUUUUCUUCUUAG